AGUCUAUUCAUUUAAAUAAUCAGUUAUUAUCUGGAAACUGCCAAUACAUCUAAUACAGAUAUGAACAAACAUUUUUAUCUGUUUAUAUCAUACGUCACAUGAUCCAGAUGUUACCACACAUUUGUAUUUGUUUGUAAUAUUUGCCGAGAAGCCACCGUAGGAGACUUUGCUGUAAUAAAGAGAGUAUUGAGACGCUGCUGAUGAGCAGAGCGUCACUCCUCAGUCAAGUCUGAGCAUCUGAGCAGAAACGCCUCAGUCUGAUGAGACUGUGGCUGGACUGUAACCACUGACCCUUCAGUGGCGAAGCCCACAUCUGUUUCUCCAGCAAUUUCCAACACGUUAACUGAUAAUUAACUAAUUAAAUCAAGUGGGUAUUUUUAUGCUUCACCUUUGGCUUUAAGGUAAGAUUUCAAACAACUUUUCCAUACAUUGAAUUGGUUUUAUAAAUAGUUUAACAUUUCUUUGUAUGUUGUGUAUAUUUAUUAUGUGUAAUAACAUUUGACUGAAACAUUGUUUUUGCUUAUUUGACACUGUGAUGAUAUGAAUAUUUUUGUGCAGGACCGUGUCAUAAAGUCAUGUCCGACGCUGUGAGGCUCUUCUUCUUCUUCGUGUGCUUCCUUCUUCAAGGCGGCCGGUGCCAGCGCUGGGCCGCCUUCCUGCCUCAGGCUGUGGACGGCCUGAGCGGGUCCUGCGUGGCCGUCCCCUGCAGGUUCCGCGUGCCCUCGGACUACGAGCCCCGCCUGGACGAGUCGUGUAAGGUCAUCUGGAAGCGAGGCAGCUGGAGCCGCACGCAGGUGUUCGACUCCAGCCUGAGCGGCGCCGGCGAGGGCCUGAACCUGCUGCAGGGGAACCUGAGCGGCCUCCUGCCGCGGGGCGACUGCACCACCGUCUUCAGCGACCUGCCGCCCAACCAUUACGACCACUACUACCUCAGGCUGGAGUGUGACAACGCGCUCAAGUUCAACUUUCCGGACCGCGUCCUCAUCAGCGCUCGAGAUUCUCUGCCGAGGCCGACGCUGAGCCCGUCGAGCCUGGAGGUGGUGGAGGGCUCUCCGGUGACGCUCACCUGCUCGGCGGCGGCCCCCUGUCCCCUUCUGCCUCCACGGCUGACGUGGACCCCCAGCGUGGGCGACGCCGAGGACGCCGCCGACGCCCAAUCUGUGACCUCGGCCGUGAACUUCACUGCCUCUCACCUCCACAACGGGCAGCGGGUCUCCUGCAGCGCUCUGUACAGCCGCCAGGCAGGAAACAGCGACCUGGUGUACGAGCACGGUCUGACCCUGCGUGUUCUCUAUGCUCCAAACAACACCACAGUCGGCCUCCCCGGUCCGGUGAAGGAGGGCAGCUCUGUGACUCUGACCUGCAACUCUAACGCGAACCCGGCUGCAGACGGCUACACCUGGUACAAAGUGGACGGGGACCAGGUGGCAGCGGUGGGUUCCAAGAGGAGGCUCUCAACAGCGGUCUCAGAGGCCGACCGCCGGUUCUACUGCCAGGCCAGCAACAAGCACGGCAGCCAGAACUCGUCCGUGGCUCAGAUAGACGUCCUGUUUUCUCCAAAGGGCACGGCCGUGACACUGGACCCUCCCGGGCCCAUUCUGGAGGGCAGCUCCGUUUCUCUGGCGUGCAGGAGCCGAGCCAACCCGCCGGUGAGCAGCUACACCUGGUACCGAGACGAUGCGGAGGACGGGGAGCGCGGCCCGACGCUGGCGAUCGGCGCCGCCGACCAGAGGCACAGCGGCCGAUACCGCUGUGCAGCCAAGAACGACCUGGGGGAGGAGACGUCCGCGUCCACUCAGCUGGACGUUGAGUACCCCCCUAGAAACACCUCGCUGCUCGUCGACCCCUCCGGUCCGGUGCCCGACGGCAGCGCUGUCACUCUGACCUGCGCCAGCCUUGGCAACCCAGGAGUGGUCAACUUCACCUGGUUCCGAGUGACGGCCAGGGAGCGGGAGGUUGUGGGCUCGGACCGGGACUUCAGCUUCAACGUGACCAAGCUGUCGGAGGAUCGGUAUUACUGUCAGGCCCUGAACGUCCACGGAGCUGAAUAUUCAGAGCCUGCGAGCGUUGACGUCACAUUUGCUCCCGUGAUCCAGGCCUCCUCCCGCUGUGUCAACGUUCUGUCGCAGAUCCGGUGUUCCUGUGACAGUCAGGGGAAUCCGACCCCCUCGCUGCGUUGGGAACUAGCCGGGGAGCCCGUGAAUCACUCCGCCGACAUCCCCAUCAGGGAGCUUCCUCUGGGGAGCAUGCACGUGAGGAGCCUCAUCACCAUGUACCACUGGCAGGAAGACCUCCCCUCCCUGGUCUGCAUCAGCACCAACCCGCUGGGCUCCGACCGCUGGAGCUUCAACGUGUCCUCCAGUGAGACACCGCUAGACUUUUCAGGUCUACACACCGUGUCCCUGCUGAUCGGCUGUGCGGCCGGAGCUGCUGGGAUGCUGCUGGCGUGCGUCCCGCUGCUGCUGUGCGUCGGCAGGAAAAGGAGACGCAGCCCUUCACCUCCUCAGAGACUCACUAAUGAGACCAGCUCUUCAAACACGGAGCCUCUUUCUGACACUAAGGCCGUUCUGGAGGCAGGACCACCGACCAAUGAGGGCUUUGCUGUAGUCCAGACCACAUUCAAGGGAGACCUGCAGAACGGAGGGAUCAGAGGAUAAACCACGAGGCCACGCGCGCUCGGAUUCAGACUCUGGAGGAGGCGAAUGACAAGAUGCUUGUUUUGGGCAAAAGGAGAAAACGGUUGAUGGAGUCAGUCACAACGUGACGCUUUCAUUCUGGGGAAGGUUCUGCUUUGGUGAAGCAGAGAUCUGUACAGAAGCAGCCUGUUGAAGUGAGCGAUUAGAGACGUGAUACACGUGAAGCUCCAGUUGAGUUUAGUUCUAUCUUUACGUAACAUUAAAAACACUAGAUGGAAU